UCCAAAAUGGACAAAUGAAUUGAAGGGUCCAGAUUAUACGGAACCUGAGUGAUAAGUGAUGACAAUUAACAACAUAACUUCUUUACUCUUUGUUAGAUUUAGGACCACCGCACCAGUGAGCAUUUUGGUUAAAAUCCCACGUCACGUGACCUGCAAGCGGGAAAACCUCAGUGCACUUAUAAACCCGACAAGAAGUGGCGGGAAUUUCAUUACUCUCUCACUCAAACUCUCACUUCCCCCUUCUCUCUCUUCUCUAAUCCCAACUUUCCGAUGAACAAAAACAACUCACGGAAGCGUUCGGCGCCACCGCCGCAACCACCACCACCAAAGACAAAGCAGGCACUGUCCCUGGAAGAAGAAUUCGUUGACGAAGAUGUGUUCAUCGACGAAACCCUACUUUCUGAAGACGAAGAAUCCGCAAUCCUCCGUGACAUUGAACAACGCCAAGCCCUAGCUGCUCGUCUCGCAAAGUGGACUCGUCCUCCUCUCUCCCAAGAAUAUCUCUCUCAAUCUCGUAGCAUUCUUUUUCAGCAACUCGAGAUUGAUUACGUGAUUGGAGAGAGUGAUAGAGAAUUGUUACCAAACAGGUCUGGACCUGCUGCUAUAAUCAGAAUAUUUGGAGUAACCAAAGAAGGACACAGUGUUUGCUGCAAGGUUCAUGGGUUUGAACCAUAUUUCUACAUCAGCUGCCCUCCUGGAAUGAGACCAGAUGAUAUCUCCCGUUUCCAUCAAGUUCUCGAGGCACGGAUGAGAGAAGCCAACAGAAACAGCAAUGUAAGGAAUCUUGUUAUUGAUGUUCAAAUGGUGCAGAGAAGGAGCAUUAUGUACUAUCAACAAUUAGAGUCCCAACCCUUUCUCAAAAUUAUUGUUGCACUCCCAACAAUGGUUGCUAGCUGCCGUGGUAUACUUGAUAGAGGUAUUCAGCUUGAUGGUCUUGGCAUGAAAAGCUUCAUGACUUAUGAAAGCAAUGUACUUUUUGCUCUUCGUUUCAUGAUUGAUUGCAACAUAGUUGGCGGAAAUUGGAUUGAAAUUCCUGUUGGAAAAUAUAAGACAACAAAAAGCUUGUCCUACUGCCAGUUAGAGUUUGAUUGCCUAUAUUCCGAUUUGAUUAGUCAUGCUCCAGAAGGGGAAUAUUCAAAGAUGGCUCCAUUUCGCAUUUUAAGUUUUGACAUUGAAUGUGCUGGUCGCAAAGGGCAUUUCCCCGAACCUACCCAUGAUCCUGUGAUCCAGAUUGCUAAUUUGGUAACUUUACAAGGGGAAGGCCAGCCAUUAAUUCGUAACGUGAUGACCCUUAAUUCAUGUUCCCCUAUUGUUGGUGUUGAUGUGAUGUCAUUUGAUACAGAAGAAGAAGUUCUGCUAGCUUGGAGGGAUUUCAUCCGUGAAGUAGACCCUGAUAUUAUUAUUGGAUAUAACAUCUGCAAAUUUGACUUGCCGUAUCUUAUUGAGAGAGCCGCGGCCCUAAAAAUAGCAGAUUUUCCAAUUCUGGGCCGUAUCAGGAACAGUAGAGUUCGAGUAAAAGAUACAACUUUUUCAUCAAGGCAGUAUGGGAUCAGGGAAAGUAAAGAAGUUACAGUCGAAGGGAGAGUUCAGUUUGAUUUGCUCCAGGUUAUGCAAAGAGACUACAAAUUAAGUUCUUAUUCAUUGAAUUCUGUGUCUGCACAUUUCCUUUCCGAGCAGAAGGAGGAUGUUCAUCAUUCAAUUAUAUCUGAUCUUCAGAAUGGAAGUGCAGAAACUAGAAGACGCCUUGCUGUGUACUGCUUGAAGGAUGCAUAUCUGCCCCAGCGACUUUUGGAUAAAUUAAUGUUCGUUUACAAUUAUGUGGAAAUGGCACGGGUAACAGGUGUCCCAAUUUCCUUUCUACUUUCCAGGGGCCAAAGCAUCAAGGUGCUUUCUCAACUUCUUAGGAAGGCAAAACAAAAGAAUUUGGUCAUUCCUAAUGCCAAGCAAGCAGGGUCAGAACAAGGAACGUUUGAAGGUGCCACUGUAUUAGAGGCAAGGGCUGGAUUUUAUGAAAAGCCAAUUGCUACUUUAGAUUUUGCUUCCUUGUAUCCGUCUAUUAUGAUGGCAUAUAAUUUAUGUUAUUGCACGCUGGUGACCCCUGAAAAUGCACGCAAUCUCAACAUCCCUCCAGAGUCAGUGAACAAAACACCAUCUGGUGAAACAUUUGUUAAAUCAAAUUUACAGAAGGGUAUACUUCCUGAAAUUCUUGAAGAGCUAUUAGCAGCCCGUAAAAGGGCAAAAGCAGAUUUGAAGGAGGCAAAGGAUCCCCUUGAGAAGGCCGUUCUAGAUGGCAGACAGUUAGCCCUGAAGAUUAGUGCAAAUUCUGUAUAUGGGUUUACAGGGGCUACUAUUGGUCAGUUACCUUGCUUAGAGAUAUCCUCAAGUGUAACGAGCUAUGGUCGACAAAUGAUCGAGCACACUAAAAAGCUCGUGGAAGAUAAAUUUACAACACUUAAUGGCUACGAACACAAUGCCGAGGUAAUAUAUGGAGACACAGAUUCAGUCAUGGUACAAUUUGGUGCUUCUGCUGUAGAAGAGGCUAUGAACUUGGGGAGAGAAGCUGCUGAAUAUAUUAGCGGAACUUUCAUAAAACCUAUCAAACUAGAAUUUGAGAAGAUAUACUUUCCAUAUCUCCUGAUUAGCAAGAAGAGAUAUGCUGGUUUGUUUUGGACAAAACCAGACAAUUUUGACAAAAUGGACACUAAAGGUAUUGAAACAGUUCGAAGAGACAAUUGCUUGUUGGUCAAAAACUUGGUAAACGACUGCCUUCACAAAAUACUGAUUGACAGGGACGUUCCUGGGGCAGUCCAGUAUGUCAAGAAUGCAAUUUCAGAUCUUCUCAUGAACCGUAUGGAUUUAUCACUUCUGGUUAUUACGAAGGGUUUGACAAAGACAGGAGAUGAUUAUGAAGUAAAGACGGCUCAUGUUGAACUCGCUGAAAGGAUGCGCAAGCGAGAUGCUGCUACUGCUCCAAAUGUUGGAGAUAGAGUACCUUACGUUAUUAUUAAAGCUGCCAAAGGUGCCAAGGCUUAUGAGAAAUCAGAAGAUCCUAUCUAUGUGCUAGAGAACAACAUACCAAUAGAUCCUCAUUACUAUCUUGAGAAUCAAAUUAGCAAGGUUGGUUUUAUAUACGCUUCAGAUUUCUCCUAUGUUUACUGUUUUUUAUUGGGCUCAUUCAUGUUGCAGCCAAUUCUAAGAAUUUUUGAGCCAAUUCUGAAGAAUGCUAGCAAGGAACUUCUCCAUGGAGACCACACAAGAUCUAUUUCUAUUUCUACUCCGUCAAACAGCGGUAUAAUGAGAUUUGCCAAGAAACAGUAUACUUGCAUUGGUUGCAAAGCUGUACUUAGUGGUGGUAAUCGCACUCUCUGCUCACAUUGCAAAGGAAGGGAAGCUGAACUGUACUGUAAAUCUGUGGCUCAAGUGUCGGAUCUAGAGAUACUUUUUGGGAGGUUGUGGACACAGUGUCAAGAGUGCCAAGGUUCACUUCAUCAGGAUGUUCUCUGCACAAGUCGAGAUUGUCCAAUUUUUUAUCGACGCAAAAAGGCACAGAAAGACAUGGCUGAAGCAAGGUUGCAAUUGGACAGAUGGAGCUUCUAACUUCUAAGGCUUUUCUAGAGUUAUGGUUGGAGAUGGAGUCCUAUGAAAGUCUCCUGUGACUGUAUUCGCCUCCCUUUCGUGUUGCAGAUUUUUUUGCACGGUAGAUGCAUGAGAAGCCAUUGAAGAAGAGGAGUGUUGUUGUAGAUUUAGGAUUUUUGAAAUUAGGACACUAGAAAGAUUACUCUAAAGUUGAUAAAUUUGUAAUCUGAAUAGUUGAAUAUAGUAGCUAUAUAUUUAAAUAUAUUUAAUGGUGAAAAAUACUAGUGGUCAACACUCAAUUUAUGGGCAAAA